UUCAAGUUCAUUUAUGAACAGUUUUAGAGCAGAUAAACAAUUCAAAGUGAUAUCAUCUCAUUCGAUAACUUUAAAUGUUCCACAACCUACUACACAAGAUGAUUAUAUUGGAAAUACUCAUAAUAAUGAUUAUAUUCCCAUUUCGUGUAAACAAAUCACUCCAACUAUUCGAAAUGCAUACAGUUCAAAAUCCAGAGAAGAAACGAAAUCGCAUAAACGUAGAAUAUUGUCUUUAAAAUCAACAAAAUCUGAUAGAACAUGUUUACAAAUGCCAAAGACUAGUCCUUCAAUGCAUGGAAAAUUGAAACUAACCAAUCUCUAUAAUAAUAAUUCUUCACUAUUCAAUGAUACACACAAUCAGAAACGACAUUCCGAUGCAUUUAUAAGUUCAUUUGCUAUACGAAAAUCUAGUCCCAAUAGGAAAAAGUGUCAUCGAGAACAUCAUCCUGCCAGCACAAGUUGGAGACGUGCACCUGCAUGCAAUCGACAGUCAAAGAUUAGUUCGUUACAAUCAACGAAUAAUGUGAAACCUAAUAAUUCUAUACAAAAACAUUUUCCAUCAACAAGUAUGACUAUUAUUAAUCUUAUCAAUAGUGCUCAAUGUUUAGUUAUUAGUUCGUUGAAAUCUUGUUAUACACGGACAAUGAAGUGAAAUUUUGUCAUUAAUAUUGCUG